AUACUCCUACGCCCUUACCAGGCACUCAUCGGGUUGAGACUGUCCUACGGCUGCGAAGUAUACACGUCGGCAACAACCGCCCGCCUCCGCACACUAGACGCAGUCCAUCAUGCGGCAGUUAGACUGUCAACUGGUGCCUUUAAAUCAAGAGAAAUGAGAGAGGACAUCUAGCUCAUAAUACAACCAGGCAACUUAGAAGUAAGUAUAGGGGAGUAACAGAGCACGGGCUAAGAAUCUUCUAUACUAACAGCAGGAGCCUCAGAAACAAAAUAGACUUACUAAGGGGUGAAGCUUGUUCAGAAAAUUUUGACAUAAUAGCGAUCACUGAGACAUGGAUAGACACUGCCAAUAGAAAUUUUAGAUCGGAAUUUGAAAUAACGGGUUAUCAGAUGUUUCACAAAAACAGAAGGGGCAGAAAGGGAGGUGGAGUUGCGCUAUAUGUUAAAGACUCACUUAAAUGUUUAGUUAACAAUUCAGUCAAAACUAACAUGGAUUCAGAAUCAGUUUGGGUGGACGUUUACAAAGGGAAAGAAAAACUAACUCUAGGAGUUCUGUACAGGCCACCCAACCUUAACAGGCAGGACACGAGUAUAUUACUACAGGAGAUUGGCAGGACGAGUAGGAGUAAAAAUGUCAGCGUAAUGGGGGACUUUAAUUAUAGGAAUACAGACUGGGAAGACCCAGUGGGUGACCUGGAAGCCGAGGUAUCGGGAACCAGAAAACGAACAAACAAGAGGAAUAGCCAUAACAGUACAGAGUAAACCUCUGACAGGACAAACACUAACAAGUAGGGUGACUGAUAUAUAACUGUGUAAACAUCUCAUAGGACAAACACUAACAAGGGGGGAAACAACGAGGACAAAGGAAAACAGAUACCCAGAGAGGAAUGAGAGAUAUACAACUGUGUAAACAUCUGACAGGACAAACACUAACAAGAAGGGUGACAUAUAUAACAGUGUAAACAUCUCAAGUACAAAAGAGGGGAAACAACGAGGGUAAAGGAAAACAGAUACCCAGACUCAGAUACAGAAAACGGAUACCCAGUAGGCGUGGUCAGAAAGUGUGAGUGAACAACCAUUGAAAAAGACUCUGACCCGUGACGUCAGUCGUGGCGAUAUGUUAUGAGCCAAUAAUUUAACAGGAAAAUCACUGUGGGAGUGUCUUAAGACUGACUCACGAAUAGCAGGAGAAGUAAAACAAUACAACAUAAUGAGCGAGCAGAUGGGUGUGACAGGAAGUAUUGGCCACUGGUUAUGUAGAAAAUUAAGGGCGUGUCAAGGAUGUAAGUCCGCCUCAAGCAAAGAAAAAUGUGGCCUAGAAAUCAGUGGUAUGGGUAGACCGAGCUUGGUUCUCGCCUCAAGCAGACCUGCUACUCACUCAGCCGAGAAUGGCUGUUGUGAUCUUAAUCGUGAGUAGAAAUUCGAGAAUCUAAGGGAAACCGACUGUAUUGUCCUGGAGAUUAUAAUGUAGGAGAUGUGAAGUAGGAUUGUGAGUGGGACAGGAUUGUGAUUAUUUGUUUGCGAUGUAAAGCAAAGGUAAAACCACUGGGUGUGGUAUAAUUUGGUGUUUCCAUGACUUGUAGUAGAUUAUACUAUAGGAAUGUGGUAUUAGGAUUUUGUGAAGAGAGUACAUAAUGAUUGUGAUGUAAGCAGAGAGAUACAAACCACUGCUUGUGGAACGACGAGUGUUAUUAUUAUUGGCAACAACUGAGCACAUAUUGUAGUAUUAUGUUUAAGACAUGUCGUUUGUCAUAUGUUGCAUCCAUUGCUGAAUAUGCCAGUGUUAUGAUCGUCUGAGCAUAGAAUAUUGCGUAAGGCAAUUACUUUCAUUUAAUUUUAAAUAAAUGUAUAUUUUCUUUUUCCCUUGUUUAUCCCCGAACUCCAGUCUCCAAUAACAACUUAAGCCGGAUCACGCUACCAGGGAUACGAGACGGUGAUAUCAUUUAUUGAGUAAUUAAUGAGUGAUAAAAGAGUUGAUUUAAUACAAGAAAAGAAGGGUCCAAAAGAGGAUUUUCUUGAAGUUAUACAAGAUAAUUUCCUUAAGCAGGUAGUUACUGAGCCUACCAGAGGAGAUAAUAUAUUAGACUUAGUCCUAACCAAUAAUGGAAACUUGCUACAUGAGCUGGAGGUGGGCGGAGAGUUAGGAAAUAGUGACACAGAACGGUUCGUUUUAGCUUAGACUGGGCGGUAACCCGCGAACCAAACCCAGUGUUAGUGCCAGAUUUUAAAAGAGCAAAUUACGAGGGGCUUCGGAGACAUCUUGAAGGGGUAAACUGGGAUAAUUUAGGGAUUCAUGAGGUCCAGAACUGUGAGUUGGAGAGCCAGGAGAACCAGGUAGAAAUGUAUUACAAUAAUUUAGUUAGAGUAAUAGUAGAGGGGCAAGGACAGCAUAUACCACAGCGAACACUUUGAAAAGAAAACAAUGACCCCAAGUGGAUGACUCGUGGACUAAAACACGAGAUAGGGUUAAAGAUUUUAGUAAAGCGUUUGACAAUAAUAAUAAUAAUAAUAAUAAUAAUAAUAAUAAUAAUAAUAAUAAUAACAAUAAUAAUAAUAAUAAUAAUAAUAAUAAUAAUAAUAAUAAUAAUAAUAAUAAUAAACUUUAUUUCCACUAAAAAGUGGUCAUACUAAACAUCUAAAUAGACAUGGUAGAUUAAAGUUUUUUUUUUUUUUUUUUUUUUUUUUUACGUCGCGGCCUAUAGCGCCGGUAGGCUUCUUCCCGGUGGGGCCUGAUGGUCGGCCCAAGGCUUCUUCCCGGUGGGUUCUGAUGGUCGGCCCAGCCCGUUCUGGCGCAGGCGAGUGUUUAUAGUGGCGCCAUCUUGCAUUGGCUCAUGCUGCCCUCCCGGAGCUCAUCUUUAAUCCUAGAAUCUAGAGUCCGGGGCCCGGAUUCAUCAAUCUUACCAACCACGCCUCUGGUAUCUCUCACAUUUACCGGAGCGCUACCAGAGCUGCGGCAUCUUUCAAACACGGCAUUCAUCAACGGUAUGGUAACGCUCCGGUAACUCGCACCCUAGCGACGAUUGGUUGGGCUGGAUAGCCAAUCACGUGCGACCUUUGAUGCUGUAUUUCAGCUUUCACGUGUCGUUUGUUUACUAAUACACAGACUUCAGAAUCAAGACAUGUGUAUUGUACAGGCGUAAAUACUGCCUUAAAACAAAUAAUUAGCGUGGUGAUCCCUCAGUUAGAUGCGUUUCUUACGAAUGAAUGCACGUUACUUGUAUAUUUAUUAUUGAAAUAAAAAUAUACUCGCUUAUGUAGCGUAGCAAUAUUCUGAACAUUUUUGUAUAUUACCUACAUAGUUUUCCGUCGCCAACGCCAGCUGCGUGCCUCGCUAUCACAAGAUUGGGUAUUAUUCUCAUGUUUGCCCAUACUCACCCCUCGCAACCAAAACUGGCUAGGGGGCCAUUGUCAUCAUGCCUCACUGGUGCAGCCAAGCAAUGGGUGUGGGCGUGGGAAGUUGUGGCUGCUGAGGUGAAUGGCGUGAUCGAGUGGCUUCGUGAGUAGUGUGGAGGAGGUCAGAGCAAAAUUUUACGACAUUAAACUCCACAGCAAUAUUGGAGACUUGAGACGGGAGGUGACUGUCACAGACAGAACAUUAUUCCCUCUGCAGUGUUUUAACAAGUAGGGAAAAGUCAUGUGGGUGGACAGUUCCACAGACUUACAUACUAUAGAGUGCGGCCUGCAAGUGAAGCCGGCCUGAGGCCGUGCACGGGUCUGCCCAGUUCAUCCCAAACCGACGACUUCACACACCUCACUCCCACCCCGUUUCCUGACCCCAACAUUCAUUUUUGAGAAAAAUGGAGACCACCAUCAUCUUCUUGAGAAAAUUGUGCAUCACACUAGCAUAAAAUUGUAACAAUAAUGUGUAAAUACACAUACGAAAAUCAAAGUUAAAUGAAUAGGGAGUACACAUUUUCUUGCAUUUAUUUAUCUUCAACUCCUUCGUACUCAGCUGGUUUUCGUUACAUCGCUUCUAUAAGCCCAGAUCCUAAAUCUGCAUGCUUUUCUGCUUCUGAUGGUGUAGGGCACGUCACGAGGUAUAAAAUACAUUGGCUCAAAAUCGCCUCCGAACAUGAGCCGCGGCAGUGUCUAAGCACUUACUACGCCUGCGGUAACUCAGUUACGGGUCCUCGGAGCCGCGGUAACUUUUGGCCUUACCACAGCUCCGGUAAGUGGUUGAUGAAUGCCGAUUUACCGGGUGGGCGGAGAUACCGCGAGACUUACCAGACAGAGGUCCGGUAAAUGGUUUGAUGAAUCCCGCCCCGGGUUGAUAGGUGGUCUUCUGGACAGCAUGUGGGUAGUUUUAAGCCACUCGGCGGCGGCUGAAAAAUCCCAGCUAGGUGGCACCGGGCGGGGAUUGAACUUGCGUCCUCCUGAACGCGGCGCUGUUACUCUGUCGAUUCAGCCACCGCCUCCCCGAGGCGGUGUAUAUAAAUAUGUAUAUAAAUAUACAUGGUGGAUUAUACAUCUAAAUAUACAUGAUAGAAUAUACAUAAGGCAGUGGAGUAGACAAUACAUUCAUACAGAGGUCAACAGCUUCUUUUUAAGAUUUGAUUUUAAUGUGGUCAGAUUAUGAGUCUUUUAUUUCAUUCGGUAGUUGGCUCCAUAAUUUAGGACCUAAUACAUGAAAGGAUCUUGCACCUGUGUCGGUGUUGGAUCUCGGGACGUACAGAUUGUUUUGUUGUCUUGUUGUUGAGUCUGUCAUAUAGUUAACAGUUGGGAGAGAGAGGAUGUGGUCUGGGUAAUCUUUUAUUUUCUGCUUAAACACUUUUGUUAUGAGGUUAAAGGUGAUUAGGUCUUUGAUUUUAAGCCAUUGCAAAUCUUUAAAUAAUGGAGUGACAUGAUCGUAUUUCCUGGCUUUCCCAUCUGCUUCUUUUAUUGCAAAGUUUUGUAGUUUUUGCACUUUGUUUAUUAAAGUUGAGUUUGUUGUCCCCCAUACUGUGAUGCCGUAUUUUAUGAUGCUUAAUACCAAAGUCUGUAUAACCAUUAUGCGUGUUUCUUUGUUGAAAAGAUCUUUGUGUCUGUUAAUGAAAUUUAAAGUUCCCAUUGUCUUCCUAGUCAUUUCAUUUAUGUGUCUGUCGAAGGUCAUGUGUGAAUCCAGAUGUAAGCCAAGUUUUUUUAACAUGGAAGAGGGGUUGUAUAACGCCAUCUGCACAUCUGAUGGUGGCGUUAUUAGGGAUGUGUGCCAGGAGUUGGCGUGUGCCUAGGAAGAUACAUUGUGUCUUAUUGAUGUUUAGCUGAAGGCCGUUCUGUAGAAAAUAGGUUCUUAUUUGUUUCAAAGUGAUCUCAGUUUUAUUAAUUAAAGUAUUUAUUUCGUUGAUAUUACCGCUGUGGAGGAACUGUGUGUCGUCGGCGUAUUGUACAAGAAGGCAGUUAUUAAUAUAGGUAGAUGUGUCAUUUACAUGGAUAUUGAAUAAUGUUGGGCCUAGUAUUGAACCUUGGGGGACUCCAAAGGCUACUGAUUUCUUGGAUGAGACGAUGUCUUUAAUGCGGACUGACUGUGACCUGUCAUCGAGGUAAUUGUCAAACCAGUAGGUGUCAACAUUAAUCUGUUGAAGUUUUCGGAGUAAGAUGGUGUGGCUGACACUGACGAAGGCUUUAGAAAGGUCGCAGAGUGUUAAAAGUGAUAUUUGUUUGUUAUCUAUAUUAUCAUAAAUUUUAUUGGUAAUGACUUGCAGCGCUGUCUCUGUAGAGAGUUUAGGUCUAAAGCCGUGUUGGGUUGGAGAGAGAAGUUUGUCACGUUCCAGGAAUGACAUUAAUUGAUUGGCAACUAACUUUUUCUAAUAUUUUUGAAAAAAAUUGGAAGUAGAGAGAUGGGACGAUAAUUUCCUAUUUCGUCUGGGUUUCCGUUUUUAUACAGUGGGGUGACAACAGCGUUUUUCCAGGAGGCAGGAAAAAUGCCUGUGACGAUUGAGGUAUUUAUGAUGGUUGUGAGGUAGAAGAUGAUAACUAUAAGUGAGUCUUUGAUAAACCUUAGGGAAAUGUUAUCACAACCAAACGAUUUAGUAUUUUGAAGCUGUUUUACAGUUAAGAUGACUGUGUUCUGGUCUACUGGGUGAGGUCUGAAAAGCACGAGAUUGGUGGGGGUAGAAGGCACGACCGGGAAAGAGAUUUAGGGGUCUUAGUGAGCUCUGAUCUCCGUCCAAGGGCACAAUGCAUUCAAGCUAGAAAUCGAGCAAAUAGGGUACUGGGAUUUAUUUCAAGGAGCGUAAGCAAUAGAAGCGCCGAAGUCUUCCUCAAACUAUAUUUAGCAUUAGUUAGACCUCAUCUUGACUAUGCGGUUCAGUUCUGGUCACCUUAUUAUAGAAUGGUUAUCAAAAUGUUAGAAUCAGUGCAGAGGAGGAUGACUAAGAUGAUUCAGGGGUUCAGAAACUUGCCAUACGAGGAAAGACUCAAACAGUUAAACUUGCAUUCUCUAGAAAGGCGAAGGGUGCGUGGAGACAUGAUCGAGGUUUAUAAAUGGAUGAAGGGCUUUAAUAAGGGAGAUAUUCAUAAGGGUUUGUUGGUAAGAAAACCGGGUAGGACAUGAAGUAAUGGGUUUAAACUGGAUAAAUUCAGAUUCAACAGGGACAUAGGCAAAAAUUAGUUUACUAACAGGGUUGUGGAUGAGUGGAAUAGGCUUAGCAGUCAUGUGGUGAGCGCCAAUACAAUUGUCACAUUCAAAAAUAGAUUAGAUAAAUUCAUGGACAGCGAUAUUAGGUGGGGUUAGAUACACGGGAGCUUAGGGUCAAAGGAGCUGCCUUGUAUAGGCCUACCGGCCUCUUGCAGACUCCAACGUUCUUAUGUUCUUAAGUCUCUUAGUUGACGCAGGAGUGCCAUCCUUAGACCUUCAGAGAGAUGGACUUCUGAUUACGUACUGGUACAGACUACAACGCCAACCUAACAACCCUGCCUACACUGUUGCCAUAGACACAACUGUAGAUAUACAAUACAGAAACAAACCUCUUCUACCUCGCCCCUUUCGUCUCCGUGUCCGGAAUGUCAUUGGGGACCUCUUACUACCAAACUUCCCUAUAGCAGUAUAUCAGGUACCUCCCAUCGCACCGUGGGAGUUCCCAAACACACAUUUCUGCCGGUACUUUAACUUUACCAAAGAAAGCAUCUCGACAUCAACUGCUCGACAGUUGUUUCUGUCCCACACAGCUAGUCACGCCACGUCUGUACCAGUAUACACGGACGGCUCCAAAUCCGAUGCUGGCGUUGGAUUUGGAGCUGUCUUUCCAGACUUUUCCCGUUCUGGAACUUUGCCUGCUAUUGCCUCAAUUUUUACCGCAGAACUAUCUGCCCUUCUUUUAGCAAUUCGCACCAUCUUCACUUUACGUGUUGAUACUCUUACUGUCUACUGUGACUCUCAGGCAGCCCUGUCUACAAUAGAAGAUUUUAGGAGUACCCACCCUAUCGUUCUAGGUAUUUUUAGCUGGCUAGUAUUAACAAAAAGGCGUGGGCAUCAGGUGACCUUCUGUUGGGUACCUGCCCACGUCUCUGUGCGUGGUAAUGAGAAGGCCGAUGAGGUGGCGCGGGCCGCUGCUUCUCGUCCUCCCUCACAGUGCGCUCU